AUGCUUGCCAAAAUGCCUGAUGCUAAGGGUACUUCAUCAGACCAUGUGGAAUACACACCGUCAACUAAGGAUGACCCAAGGCCGAUGGUGGAAGGAAUGCCGGCAUUCCUCCGAAGUUUAACCCCAGAGGAAAGGCAGCACAUGGAGAAAAAGCUUGUGCGAAAAGUCGAUUUGAGACUCCUCAUCAUGAUGGUCGUCAUGUAUAUCUUGAACUACCUGGAUCGGAACAACAUAGCAUCUGCAAAACUGGCCGGGCUUCAGCAAGACCUUAACCUUCGCGGCGAUCAGUAUCAGACCUCCGUCAGUAUUCUGUUUGUUGGGUACUUGCUGAUGCAGGUGCCAUCUAACAUGAUUUUGAACAAAUUGGGCAAGCCUUCAAUUUAUCUUCCAACCUGUAUGCUAGCCUGGGGUAUCAUUUCCAGUGCGACCGCUGCAACUCAAAACUAUGGAGGGCUCCUGGCCUGUCGAUUCAUUCUUGGCUUUGUGGAGGCUGCAUACUUUCCUGGUUGCCUCUACCUGCUAUCGGCUUGGUAUACUCGAAAGGAACUCGUUAAACGAACUGCUCUGUUAUACUCUGGGUCCCUACUUUCCGGCGCUUUCUCUGGCUUGAUUGCGGCUGGCAUUACUAGUGGACUCGACGGCGCUCGAGGAAUUGCUGCUUGGAGAUGGCUAUUUAUCAUUGAAGGGACUAUUACUAUAUUUGUUGCAAUCGUUUCGAUCUUCAUUAUCCCCGAUCUUCCGCGAACAACCACGUGGCUCACCGACGAGGAGAAAGAGCUUGCAGCCUGGAGGCUUGCUGAAGAUAUUGGUGAAGAUGACUGGGUCGAUAGUCAACACCAGUCCAUGUUCCACGGGGCGAAGCUUGCUUUCAUGGACUACAAAGCCUGGCUGCUGCUUGGCGCAAUCUACGGAUGCACCGCCUCAGGUGCUGUCACAACUUUCUUCCCAAUUGUUAUGUCUGGUCUCGGCAAGGACAAAGUGACCACGCUCCUCCUUACCACCCCGCCAUAUUUGAUCGGUACUAUCGUCGUCCUGAUCAAUGCAUGGCACGCAGAUAAAACGGGGGAGAGAUACUUGCAUAUUGCACUACCACCAAUUAUCGCCAUUGCCUCGUUUGUGAUUGCGCUGUCUACCACAAAAUUUGCUCCUCGAUAUGUUGCGAUGUGUCUGAUGAUUGGAGGUAUUUAUGCCGGAUACGUCGUGCUACUUGGUUAUAUCUCAAACGUUCUUCCUCGCCCUGCCACAAAGAGAGCAGCAGCCCUCGCGCUCAUCAAUUGUUUGAGCAAUGUCUGCCAGAUUUACACUCCCUAUUUAUAUCCUGAUUCCGCGGGGCCUCGGUACACAACCGCUUUUUCGGUCAACAUUGCCAUGUCGGCAAUGACAAUUUGCUUUGCUACUAUCAUUCGCAUUGUUCUCGGGCGGUUGAACAAACAGUUGGACCAGGAAGAGGGGACAAAUAUCUAUGCUGACGGCCUGGAACACGCGGAAGAAAAUGAAGAGCAUGGACUUCCAGGGCAAGCAGUUACACAAGGAUUUAGGUUCUUGCUGUAA